GCGCCACGACGUCGAGGACGCCCAUUCAUCGGCGAAAAUCCACCUGUGACACUGCACAGCGUCUUUAGUUUGGUUUUCGUUCGAAUUAUUUCACGUAUCAUGAAGUACACUUGGUUGGUAUUAGCUUCCUGCGUCGUGUUGGUUCUCGCGGAAUUACUUCCGGGGACCUCCGCAGGACCUUAUUUAGAGGACGAUGAGGGGCUACCUUCAGACGACGACUACACAGAAAAUGCCAUCGAUCGUCUGUUACAAUCGGCUCAGAAACGUUCUUCCUUAAUUUACCUUUUCAGACGAGCCUGUGUACGAAGAGGCGGAAACUGCGAUCAUCGACCGAACGAUUGCUGUUACAACAGUUCGUGUAGAUGCAAUCUGUGGGGAUCCAACUGCAGAUGUCAACGAAUGGGACUGUUCCAAAAGUGGGGCUAAACACUGACGAGAUCAACUCAAAAAACUCAAAAAAAUUUCAAACGGUGAUCGCUGGAUAGGUUAUUUUUCUUUCGUUACCUCUGGAAAGAACUGAUUUUUGUAUUAACUGCAGAGGUCUGGCGGCGCCGUUUUGAAAUUUUUCUAAAAAUCGACAACUGGCGCGUUUUAAGGAUAUGAAUAUGUAUGGUUUACGUUCCUCUUGGUUUCGUUCAUUACUUUUAGACAUCGAUUAAACCCUAGGAUUAUUUUGCGAAGUUGAUAAUAAUUAAAACAAUAAAAAAAUAAACGAAUUCCAGUUAUUUUUGAUACUUUUCGUAUACAGCGUUACAUAGUUUUGGGCUUCUUUUUAUUCACUUUCGAUUUGGUAACGUUGUCAUCGACAUCUUUUGACAACGACAUUUUACGAAUAGAAGAAAGAUUUUCUGUGUGCGAAAAAGUCUACGAAGUUCAGCACAAAUUAUCGAAACACAACAUGCACUUCUCUGAAAGGGGAUACGUAUGUCUGUCAACGACAAACGUUUCGUAGUUUAUGCUGGAUUUCAAAUCAGCUGCUCUCCCAUUAAAGGUUUUUCCAGCCACACCCUUAAUGGGAAUGCAUGUCUGAGAUUAUCUUAAGUAUUUCUAUAAUAUAAUACUAUAUUGUAAUUAUGUAUGUAUGUAUAGAUGUAAUGUCAUUAUUACGGCGACAUCUGUGGUGCUAGUGAUAUAACCACAGAUUUAGCGCCAUCUAACAUUGUUGUUAGUGAUUUGAAUCCUAUAUAAAUAUGUUUCUAUGUGAAAGGGUACAACAUUCAAAUGAUUCUGUCAAUACUAAAUAUAUCAAUUGGCCUAAAA